AUGGGUAUAGGCAAAUAUGUCGCGUCGGAUACGUUCAUGGUCGGUGGCUACUCUUGGGCGAUCUACUUCUACCCAGAUGGAAAGAGCCCGGAGGAUAAUUCCGUGUACGUGUCUCUCUUCAUAGCCCUCGCUAGCGAAGGAGCCGAUGUUAGGGCUUUGUUUGAGCUAACCCUCGUCGAUCAGAGCGGCAAUGAAAGGCACAAAGUCCAUAGCCAUUUCGGUAGAACCCUCGAAAGCGGCCCCUAUACUCUUAAAUACAGAGGAAGUAUGUGGGGAUACAAACGGUUUUUCAAGAGGACUCUAUUGGAGUCAUCGGACUAUUUGAAGGACAAUUGCCUAUUGGUCCGGUGUUGUGUUGGUGUGGUGAAGUCACACACAGAAGGGCCAAGGAGUUACAAUAUCCCGGUGCCGGUUUCUGACUUGGGUCACCAGUAUGGAAAGCUAUUGGAAAGUGGGAGAGGAGCUGAUGUUACUUUCGAUGUUGAUGGAGAAACAUUCGCUGCUCACAAGUUGGUUCUUGCAGCGCGUUCUCCAGUUUUCAUGGCACAGCUUUUUGGCCCUUUGAAAAGCGAAAACACCAAAUUCAUAUACGUAGAAGACAUAGAACCCCCUAUCUUCAAGAUGUUGCUACAUUUUAUCUACUGGGACGAAAUGCCUGAUAUGGAAGACUUAAUGGGCACGGACUUGAAGUGGGCGUCUACUCUUGUUUCUCAGCAUCUGCUUGCGGCUGCAGACCGUUACGCUCUUGAGCGGCUUAGAACAAUCUGCGAGUCAAAUCUAUGUGAAGGAAUCACCAUAAACACGGUUGCAACCACCUUGGCCUUAGCAGAGCAGCAUCAUUGCUUCCAGCUGAAAGCCGCCUGCCUCAAAUUCAUAGCUUUGCCAGAAAACCUGAAAGCUGUGAUGGAAACGGAUGGGUUUGAUUAUCUGAAGGAAAGCUGCCCGUGCUUACUAAGUGAGCUAUUGGAGUAUGUGGCUAGGCUGAGUGAGCACACUUUAACGUCAUCGGGUCAUCGAAAGGAGUUAUUUGCUGAUGGUUGUGACUUGAAUGGGAGACGAGUGAAGCAGCGGUUGCAUUAG